UGCGGAAUUUGAACGCGCGCCACUUGUCUAUCUUUACUUUGUGUUCCAAACCCAGGCAUGGCGAUGGCGCGCACCCACUCUUCACGUUCUGCUUGGAUUCUUCGCCUGUUCUUUCUUUGUGCUUCUGCAAUUCUUGCAUUCGCCGAUGAACGUUCCUUGUCUCUUGAUCAUAAUACUACGCUGCUGCGGCUAUCCAAUGGCUUGCCUGUUCGAAACUCUCCUGGUACUAAGAUUGGUUCUACUGUGCUUGUUGAAAGAGUUCAUAUACAUGGACUACCAAGGUUUACGAACCUUGGGAAAUUUUCCCACUCUGUUAAAGUGAAGGUGUUGCCUGCAAGUUCAGAUGUUCGCGUCCCAAAUAUAGAGGUUUGCUUCCAUAGGAAUGCAUCUCUUGCAGCUGGGAUGUGCCCACAAAGCCAAUGGGAGAAAGUUACCAAGGGUUAUUGGGCUAGAUCAAUGUCUCCUUUUGACCACAAGCUCCUAGACAUAAGGACUGCUGGUUCAACACUGGAAAAUUUUAAGGUGUCCACUGAUGAAGAAUUUUUUGCUUAUCGUGUUGUAUUGUUAGUAUUGGGCAUUAUUUUGAUGAGCACAGCAGCUUUUGUCAGCAAAUCAUUAGUAUUUUAUUAUAGCAGUGCAAUGGCAAUUGGGAUAAUUCUUGUGGUAUUGAUUAUUCUAUAUCAGGGCAUGAAACUUCUUCCAACUGGUCGGAAGAGUUCCCUUGCUAUAUUUUUAUAUUCAUCUGCUGUUGGUUUCGGUGGUUUUCUCCUCCGUUAUGUUCCUGACUUAAUCCGUUCAGUACUUACGGAGCUAGGAAUUGAUCAAGACAUGUAUAAUCCUUUGGCAAUAUUUCUGCUGACUUUUGUCGCAAUAGCCGGAGCCUGGAUGGGGUUCUGGGUUGUCCAUAAGCUUGUCCUAACCGAAGAUGGAUCAGUUGACAUAAGCACUGCUCAGUUUGUUGCAUGGGCCAUAAGGAUUUUGGCAGUCAUUAUGAUUCUUCAGAGUUCUAUGGAUCCUCUGUUGGGAACAUUGGCAAUAUUUUGUGGAUCAUUCAUCCCUUUGUUGAAGAGGGUGCUUAGAUUCAGACUCGUUCGUCGCAUGCGCAGGAGUUUGUUUAAAUCACCUAAGAAAAACAGGAGAUCUCAGGUUUCUGAUUCACCACCUUUUCAUAAUUCUCAUGAUGAACAUGAGUACAAGAUGCAAACUAAAGAGGACUCUCUGCUUCUUCGGCCAAAACCUAAAAGCUUCACCUUCACCUCUUGCAAACCUUCCGAACGAGGCUUCUCUAGGACACCACCUAAAAUGGUGACAGAGGAGUUACACCCGUCCAUCAUACAUACCACGCCUGAGAGACGAAAAUAUUCAGCAGCAGAAUGGGACGCGUUCACAAAGAAGUCCACUGAAAAAGCAUUGGAAGAACUUGUUGCUUCUCCUGAUUUUGGCAAAUGGCUGUCCAACAAUGCAGAUAGGAUAAGUGUAACUCCCAGCACCAAAACGGAACAGCGGCGCAGGUGGGUGUUGUGGUCUUGAAACACCUUCACCAAGUCAUGACAACUUCAUCCAAGUAGGUUCGUUCUCAUUUGGUGAAAGUAAAAACAAAACAGCAAUGUUGUCAAUGAGAGAAACUUAAAUGGUGUAUCAUGUAUGUAACUUAGUGUAUACUUUUUGUAAUAACUAGUGUUUUUCUGGGUUUAGAUAUUCAUUGUCUGUGCUAGAUAUUCAUUAUUUUUAUGAUUUUAUCCACGUAUGAGUUUGUUUA